CGCCUGCGCGGCGCCGGCACCACUCGCGAUGGUGCUGCUGCGGGCGGGUGGCCGGUCCGCGCCGCCGCUGGCAGCCCUGGCGCAGGUGCUGCGGCUGGAGCAGAGCCGCCGCACCGGCCUCCUGUUCCCGCUGCAGAAGCUGGAGCGGUACCUGGCUCCCGGCACCGACACGUCGCGGUUCCGCCUCUUCCAGCCCGGCCUGCCCGCCCUGCAGCGCGCCGAGGAGCUCUUCAAGUCCGGCCGCGACCACCCCAUCGACUACCUGAGCUCCGCCGUCCGCAUGGCGCACGCCCCGGCGCUGGCCCUGCCCGAGGUGUGCUUCAUCGGCCGAAGCAACGUAGGGAAGUCAUCUUUAAUCCGGGCCUUGUUCUCACUGUCCCCAGAAGUGGAGGUCAGAGUGUCAAAAACUCCGGGCCACACCAAGAAGAUGAAUUUCUUCAAAGUAGGGAAGUACUUUACUCUGGUGGAUAUGCCAGGAUACGGCUACCGUGCCCCGCAAGACUUUGUGGAGAUGGUGGAGGCUUACCUGCAGGAACGGCGCAACUUGAAGAGGACUUUUAUGUUAAUUGAUGGUGUGGUAGGACUUCAGAAGACAGAUCAUGUUGCAGUAGAGAUGCUGGAAGAGUUUGGGAUUCCUUAUGUGAUAGUGUUAACAAAAAUUGACCGAGCUUCCAGAGGACUGUUGUUAAAGAAUGUACUGGAGAUCCAGGAGUAUGUGAAGGAGAAAACUCAGGGGUGCUUUCCUCAGCUAUUCCUGGUCAGUUCCCUGGAGUUUUCAGGGGUUCACCUGCUAAGGUGUUUUGUAGCCCAUGUUACUGGAAACCUGCCCACGGUAGACACCAGCUGAAAAGACUGGUUCUUCGCCUGCUCAGCUUCUCCAGGACAAAAGAACAGAGAUUUUUGCUCGGUCUAUAAGUGCACAGGAACUGUCAGCAUCAAGUCACAAAUCAACUCCCAACGAAAGGCAGAGGAAGUUGAUCUCACUUUAGCUGUUCCAUAAUUAUCUGUUACAAGGAUAAACGUACCUUCUUCACAAGCUUUGGGCCUAGAGGAGAUGCAGUAAGUGUGACUGUGUGGUGAGACCGUGUUACAGACCACCCAGCCAAGGUAAGAAAGUGGAUGGACAUUUCACCCUUUCAAGUAACUCCAGGAAGUCUCUUUAUCAGAUGCCUCCCGAGGCCUCUUUCAAACCACAUUAGCCUGUUCUGAUAGCCUAAUAAGAAGUGCCAUAUACAGAUUUGGAGAAGGUUACCAAAUCAAUGUCAGAGUAAUUCCUUUGUGCCACAGUUAAAAUCUGGAAAAAUUACAACUUUUGUAAAAUUAAAGAAAUUACAAGAAGAAGAGGAUGCUCAUAGUAUCCCUGCUUCUGCAGGAACAGGAUUUUACAGGCUUAAGCGCACUCAUCUUUGUAUCAUGGGCAAAGCUAUUUGCUUUACAGUUAGUUAUGCAGUCAGUAGCAAGUGAUUGAUUCAAGGUAAACAAUCCAUACUCCAGCUUCUCCGUGCAGUCCCCAGACUACCCCUUUCUGGGCCAAGGCAAGUGCCUGUACAGCCCAGCUCCAAGCUGUGUGUGUUGGGUCAGCGUCCCCACCAGAGUCCCUGUGCUGACACAGGCUGGGAUCAGAGGCAGCAGCACCCCAGCCAGGGAGAGAGAGCUCACUGGUCCUACCCCCGUGUUUCUUUUCAUGCAUCAAACCGUUUCUCAGGCAAGGAGAGCAAGUGUUUGCCUAGGAAGUGGCUACAUAGGUAGUUCUGUAGCCAGAGAACUAAAACAAGAAACAAGGUCUACACCUACACAAGGGAAUUAAAUUUUACAGGGCUUUUUUUCUCUUGAAGAAAACGCGCUACGUUAAAGUCCUUCUGGCAUCAA